AUGGCUUCAUCCACGGUGACAUUGGAGAAGACGACCACAAUUUGUAGCGGCGACGGCGCUGUCGCCGCCGAUGCAGCCGUCGAGACAGCGGCCACGUUGAAGUCUCCUCUCCUGGAGGAAAAGAAGUGCGACGAUGGCGCCCGGGGCGGUGUGAAGCGGUGCUGCGAGCGCCAGUACGAGCUCGUCGGCUACGACGCGCUCCCGGCCUUCCUCAAGCACAACGAGUUCAUCCUCGACUACUACCGAAGCGAGUGGCCAAUCAAGCAGGCGCUCCUCAGCGCCUUCGCCGUCCACAACGAGACCAUCAACGUCUGGACGCAUUUGAUCGGUUUCUUCAUGUUCCUCGCGUUCACCGUGUGCGCAGCCACGAUGGUUCCCAUGGAAUCCGGCGUGUCUGCUAGCAUGGCGACAUCCAAGACCCAGGCCAACAACACCGGCAGCAGAAUGGUAGUGAUGACGAUGGGCUACGGCAGCAACGGAGCAGCCGUGGCAGUGCGGGCUCUGCGCAAUGUGUCUGUCGAAUCGGAGCUGAUCGCGGUGGCGUCGUUGUCGGCGGGCAGCCAGGUCGCGCGUUGGCCGUUCUACGCGUACCUCUGCGGCGCCAUGUUCUGCCUGCUGAUGAGCAGCGCGUGCCACCUGCUGGCCUGCCACUCGGAGCACGCCAGCUACGUGCUGCUCCGCCUCGACUACGCCGGCAUCACCGGCCUCAUCGUCACCUCCUUCUACCCGCUCGUCUACUACACCUUCCUCUGCGACCCCUUCUUCCGCACGCUCUACCUCGGCUUCAUCACGCUGUUCGGCGCCGCGGCGGUGGCCGUCUCGCUGAUGCCGGUGUUCGAGGCGCCCGAGCUGCGGUGGGCGCGCGCCGCGCUGUUCACGUGCAUUGGCACGUCCGGCCUCGUGCCCAUCGUGCACAAGAUGCUCGUGUUCGGGGCGCGCCCGGAGGCGGUGCUCACCACGGGCUACGAGAUGGCCAUGGGGGCCUUCUACCUGGCCGGCGUGGUGGUGUACGCAACCAGGGUGCCGGAGCGGUGGAUGCCAGGGAAGUUCGACCUCGCCGGACACAGCCACCAGCUGUUCCACGUGCUCGUCAUGGCCGGCGCCUACGCGCACUACCUCGCCGGACUGGUCUACCUGAGCUGGAGGGACGUGGAAGCGUGCUGAGGCGUUCGAGGGUACCGCGCCGGUAUCGUACAAAAAAUUUGACAACGUGUACCAUUUGUUGACUCGGCACCGAUUUUUGUAUUCUACGGUUCUUUUUUUUUUCCUUUGUUACUGGUGUACUCUUCCAAAGUGAACAUAUAUAUGUAGCAAUCGUGGACUCGUAAAAUGUAAUUUGAAAACCGGUUA